UGUAGCGAUAAAAAAAAAUGUUAUUCAAUUCGGUGCUCAGCGUGCACGCAUGGCGUGGGACGUUGUCCGCCAGUAGGAGGGGUCUCAGGCGUUUUGGGCCUGGGCUACAAACCGCGGAGGAGAGAGCAGACCAGGCAGCGUGGUCCAGACUGUAGCUGAAACCCGCGAAAAAAAAAAAGUUACUUUGAGUGAGAAAGAGCUACCGAAAAUAUGUCUGGAGACGACGAUCCACAAGAGCAGACAAUCGCCGAUGAUUUGGUCGUCACCAAGUACAAAAUGGGUGCCGAGAUUGCCAACCAGGCCCUGAAGGCUGUGGUGGAGGCAGCCAAGGCUGGUGAGACAGUAGUCAGCCUCUGUGCGAAGGGAGAUGCCUUCAUCAUGGCUGAAACUGGAAAGGUCUUCAGGAAGGAGAAGGACCUGAAAAAAGGUAUUGCUUUCCCAACCAGCGUGUCUGUCAACAACUGCGUGUGCCACUUCUCUCCGCUGAAGAGUGACCCUGAGAUCGUACUGAAGGACGGCGACCUCGUCAAAAUUGACCUGGGGGUGCACGUGGACGGCUUCAUCUCAAACCUGGCUCACAGCUUUGUGGUGGGAGUGACCAAGGAUGCUCCGUUGACGGGGCGUAAGGCCGACGUGAUCAUAGCGGCACACCUGUGUGCAGAGGCCGCCCUCAGGCUGGUCAAACCUGGAAACCAGAACUCGCAGGUCACAGAGGCCUGGAACAAGAUCGCCAAGUCAUUCAAAUGCUCAGCCAUAGAGGGCAUGCUGUCCCAUCAGUUGAAGCAGCACGUUAUUGACGGAGAGAAAACCAUCAUUCAGAACCCCACGGACCAGCAGAGGAAGGACCACGAGAAGGCUGAGUUCGAGGUGCAUGAGGUGUACGCCGUGGAUGUGCUCAUCAGCACCGGAGAAGGCAAGGCGAAGGAUGCAGGCCAGAGGACCACCAUUUACAAGAGGGACCCAGACAAGCAGUACGGCCUGAAGAUGAAGACAUCCAGGAGUUUCUUCAGCGAGGUGGAGAGACGCUUCGACGCCAUGCCUUUCACUCUCAGGGCGUUUGAGGAUGAGGGUAAGGCUAGGCUAGGUGUGGUGGAGUGUGCCAAACAUGAACUGCUGCAGCCCUUCAACGUUCUGCAUGAGAAAGAAGGUGAGUUUGUGGCCCAGUUCAAGUUCACCGUGCUGCUGAUGGCCAACGGACCCCUACGUAUCACCACAGAGCUGUAUGAGCAGGAGCUGUACAAGUCUGAACACGAGGUAGAGGACGCCGAUCUCAAGGCCUUGCUCCAAAGCUCAGCAAGCCGCAAGACACAGAAGAAAAAGAAAAAGAAGGCUUCAAAGACCGUGGAAACUGAAACGGCACCAGGACACCCAGCGAAGGUCGAGGAGACCGAAGCUGCGAAAUAAAACCUUCCACACCCCCCAACCCUGUCUUCGUCUCCAAGAAUACUGACAGACAACUGACCAACCCAAAGAACAGACGUCAAUAAUCUCUCCAUCCUACCCUCCUGUCUCGACAUACCUGCCUUGUGGCGCGGCCUAGCCUUCUGUGAUGAAAACCUCCAAAUGUAAACUAUGUCAGACUGUACCGGGUGAUGGUGCUGCUCACGCCUAAAUUCAAAUUCCUGUCACAUCCCCACUCAACAUGUCACAUCCCUUUUUCAAUACCAAUGUCCUUGAGACAGCAGGGUUCUCCCCAGAAUAGUAAGCACGUUCGGUGCGAUGACGCUGAAUGAGAGGGAUGUUGAGUAGAACAAGGGCAUUUUCCGGAGUAGAUUCUGUGGGAGACACGUUUAUACCAUCCAGUCAUUGAGCCUUGAACUGUAAUUCUAUAAUGAUGUAUGAAGGCAAAGCACGACAGUGGAGGGUUUUGAGAUGACUGCACUGCAUUGUGCCAAUGAUAAUUGUGUAAAGGAAAACCUUGUUUGAGGUCAUAAGCAAGAAGUCAUGUCUCUGAAAUGGAUGUCGGUGUGUCCUAUUAGGGAAUUAAAUGGGUAAUAACUUAAACCCUCCAUAAGCCUACUUAACACUGUUAUAAACCGUCAUGACCGCAAAUGUUAACUGACCACAUUGUCACACAAACUGUUAUUUACAGUGGAUAAGCAAACUUCCUAGGGGCAUACCUAGCUAUCUUGCCCCCAGUAACAGUUAGUGACAUAACUGUCAAGUCCGUUGCCGUGGACAUGUAGUCAAUGGAUUUUUAGAACGGAGUCGGAUAAGGGGCUUGCUCUCACUGCACAUACAGACAUUUGACAUUCUUAUGCCCAGUAAUGGAGGGUUCAGGUGUUCCCAUUAAAUUAUUUGUUCUUUGUAGGACGCCAUAAUUAAUUUCAUACUUCACUGGUACUGCCACAGCGCUCAAUGAAUUCCACCUAUAUUAAUCAGUGUUUACAUCAGUUUCCAUAGCUGUUUAAUACUUGAUACUUUCUAUUGUAAAAUAAAUCCCAGUUUCAGAGGCUAUUUUUAGAAUAAUGUAGACUAGAACCAUCACAAAGCCGGCAUCAAAUAGCAGCCCCAUAAUAUUGAGUUUGGGAGGGGCAACUGACCAAAGGACUUACGAACUAACUGCUGCACCACUAGGUCUUGUUGGGCUUUUCAUUCUGAAUAGGUUAUUCAAGGGAGAACUCCAUCCUUGUGGAAAUGUUUCUUUACUAGGUUGAUGACUUUCUAAGUUUGUUCUCCUGAAAGAAAUGUAGCAUCUCUUGCAUUGUACAUGUGUGUGUGGAUGUAAUUCUUAAGUCCUUAUUUGGGAAAUAAUGGGGGAAGUUCUCGCAAUAAAGUUAGGCAUUUAGGAAGGCCUUUGAAAAUGUCAUGUCAGAAUUACAACCCAUCUCAGCGUCAAUAUGUUGCAUACUUGACUGAAAAGUAAAUGCCUCAUUAAUUCUGUGAAUAAGAUCCAUUGAUCAUCCCGCUAUAAUCAGAUAAGCCUUUUGAAAUAUGGCCAUUCCUUGAUAAACUAACUCGACAGUUGACAGUUAUGACUGCUGACCCCUGCACUGGAUGUGGAAACCAUACAUGCCUCGAUCAGUAACGCAAUAGAGGUAUUGACAACUGUUAAAAUAAUGUACAUGGUCGUUCUUUUUUGGGAUUUAGAAAGGGAGUUUUUUCUUCAUGGUUUGAAAUAAACUUUAAAACAAAAUCUGUG